GGGUUUAAUCUGACUAACUCCGCCCCUGGCAGCUCCUCCAGCUGAUAGCCUGUGUGCUGCAUGUUUGGGAUUGUUGUGAUGAAAGGCCGCAGCCAUCUUGGAUCCGCGCCGCUCCACAGCGAGCAGCGGGGGGAGAGGACGGACGGACGGACGACGUUAACUGUAGAGCCAGUUAGCUAACGUUAGCUGCUCGGCCAGAUUAACCACAAUCUGUUUCCCUGUGCGACGCGACUAUGUUUCACUUUUGUUUUUUUUCUCCGUUAGCUGCCGUUUUGAAUGCAUAAGAAAUGGGUGUAAACUGUGUAAAGCGUUUAACGUUAUAAGUCUAAAGAGGGCGGCGGCGGCGGCGGUGCAGAUCCUCGGUAUAUUUUUUAAAUUUCUGGAUAGAGGAGUUACUAUGAAUGGAGGAUAAAUGUUGCCUAAGGCUGACAGCAGCAGUUUCGUCCUCUUCUCUCUUCUCUUCGUCCUCACGUUAACGGACCCACCCCGGACAGGUCCGCGGCUAGCUCUGGCAAGAUUAUUGUCAGAGCAGCGCUGCAGCCCUGGGCAGUUUGCCUGCCGCAGUGGAAAGAUGCAAUGUAUCCCAAUGUCCUGGCAGUGUGACGGCUGGACAGCAUGUGAGGACAAGAGUGACGAGAUGGACUGUCCCCCUAUAAAGGAGGAGAGGUUUCGUUUUGGCAACGGAUAUGACCAGGUAGAAGACGUCAUUGGUGUGGCUCAGCCUGUGCGCUUCAACAAGAAGUGCCCCAGUGGGUGGCACCACUACGAGAAGACGGCCAGCUGUUACAAAGUGUACCUGAGGAACGAGAACUACUGGCAGGCUGUGGAUACCUGUCAGAAAGUCAACGGCUCAUUGGCUACGUUUGUGACCAACGAGGAGCUGCAGUUCAUACUGAAGAUCGAGGUGGACUUUGACGAUAAAGUCUGUGAGCGCAGAGACCAGUGCAAGUUCUGGGUGGGCUACCAGUAUGUGAUCACCAAUCAGAACCACUCUCUGGAGGGCCGCUGGGAGGUCGCAUACAAAGGGUCAAUGCAGGUGUUUCUGCCACCUGAGGGUCUCACCAAUUUUGGGGAGGCGUCUCCCACCCAGGACAAUGUCUUCUGUGCCCAGCUGCAGCGUUUUCAGAUUAAAAGCAUGAAUGAACGAGGCCUGCACAGUUGGCACGCUGAGAACUGCUACAAAAAGUUCCCCUUUCUCUGCAAGAGGAGACAAACAUGUGUGGAUAUAAAAGACAAUGUCGUAAACGAGGGCUACUACUUCACCCCUAAGGGGGAUGAUCCGUGUCUGAGCUGCACGUGUCAUGACGGCGAGCCUGAGAUGUGUGUGGCCGCACUGUGUGAGCGACCGCAGGGCUGCCAGCACUUCCGCAAGGAUCCCAAAGAGUGCUGCAAGUUCACCUGCCUGGACCCAGAUGGAAACAGUCUGUUUGACUCGAUGGCCAGUGGGAUGAGACUGAUCGUCAGCUGUAUCUCAUCCUUCCUCAUCCUCUCUCUGCUGCUCUUCAUGGUGCACAGACUCCGUCAGCGGAGACGUGAACGCAUUGAAACACUAAUUGGAGGAAACUUGCACCACUUUAACCUUGGAAGACGAGUCCCAGGCUUUGACUAUGGCCCGGAUGCCUUUGGCACCGGCCUCACUCCCCUGCAUCUGUCUGAUGAUGGAGAGGGAGGUGCUUUUCAUUUCCAAGAGCCUCCUCCGCCAUACGCAGCCUACAAAUACCCAGACAUCCAGCACCCAGAUGACCCCCCUCCUCCGUAUGAGGCCUCCAUCAACCCAGACAGCCUCCUCUACGUGGACCUCGGACACAGCGGGGUCUCCAUGGUGCCGAGCCAGAUGAACACCAUGGGAGACGGUCUCCAGGCCGAUAUUCCCAACGCUUCUGGUCCCAUGCCAGGCUCGGCGCCGUCCACUCAGGAGAGGGAGGACUCCAUAGAUAGCAGCACCCUCCUGGUGGGGCCUGACACUCCGACAGAUGGCCACACCCCCGCUUCCAUGCCUGCUGACUGCGCCUCCCUCAGCACCGUGGUAUAGGACUGUGGAUGGACAGCAGGGACCUGCACCAGGACAUUACCUGCUAGUGGAGGAAGGUCAUGAGUGCGUUGCUGCACCGGGAGAAGACGCAGCACACUGUUGUGUCAUUUAUCUAAAAUGCUGACUGCAGAGAGGAGAGUUAAAGUUUAUACAGACAUAUCAGAAGGUGGAGCAGCCUGAUUUCUUUGAGGUGUCGCAGUAACGAAUAGAUGCCCUCUUUCUGAAGACUCCUGAGUCCAGCGCUCAGUUGGACUCCUGAGUGCUUUUUUUUUUUUUUGGUGUUUUAAGACACUGGCAUCUGAGGGAGCAGAGGGACUGUUUCUGUACAGAGAAGAAAAACACUACAUUCAGGCUGGGGAAGCUGCACUUUUACUUUUAGCAUUGACUGAGCAAAGUUUUUGAAACAUCUCAGAUUUGGCCUGAUUGGUCGAGAAGCCCUGAUGUAAAUAACCCCCUCAGGUCUGUGCCAGUCCAAUUUGUAAUACUUGUGUGUUUUGGUCCAGCACAAGGCAAAUAAUGACAGACGGACAGUGAAGCCAGCUUUUGUCCCUUGUGCGUUUUUGUUUGCAUCAUACUGUCGUUUAAAUGGACGUAUCUGUAAUGAUCUGUCGGUCUCCAGGCUACAAAUAAUGUUUUCAUCUGUCCCGGCAUGUCCCAGAUCUCGAUUUGUACUUGCUCAUAAAAACCUUCUGUCCCUUCACUUUCUUACUAGUCUGAUCAUGAAGCUGUCUUCCAGGUUUAUAGCGCAUAUUUGCAGCAAAAGAUGUUUUGUAGUUAAGAGGUUUAACCUUGCAAGAAGGUACAGUUAGUUUCCUCCUAUAGGGUUUUUAUUAGAUAAUGCUGACACAAGGCAUUAUGUAUCAACGAAUGUUGUGGUACUGAUAAAUACUGAGUUUGGUAUUGUGUUCUUUUUUGUUGAUAAUUUAUGACUGCAGGCUGUAAUCUCGAAUGUUUUAUUGUGGGAUAGAUGCAGCCCGAACGCCCGACUGAUCAGCGAGCGAAAGCAAUGAAGCUUUUCAAGUGUAUGUGUGAAGAUUAGGGACGAUAUCCCGUCAUUAAAUUUGAAAAAAAUACAUUUAUUUAAAAUCUUGAAUCAUGAAAUCAUGUAAUCAUGCAGAUGGUCCCAGUGUUGUUACUUUAUAACAGGGUAGUUGUGUAUUUGCUAACUGAACCAGUUUAGUGACUCAAAGCUUGCACGCUCAUCCCUCGAUUAAAUCAGGUUUUGUUUGGUUUUUGGUUUUUUUUUUUUUUGUUUUUUUUUUUUGUUUUUUAGGAAAGUUUGUCAGUUGUCACGUUUGGAUGCUGCCCCUCCAUCCCUGAUGUGUGUGUUUGUGCGAUUCUUCAUGCACUACAUCUGUUGUCCCAGUUAUUGAGGUUGUUUUCAGCUACUGAUGAAGAUGAUGUCACUGACUUCAGAUAUGAAUCUUUUCUGUUAUGGUGUUGAUGGGUCUGUUAUUGUUCUUGUUUCUCAGUGGGAUCACAAAAGAAAAAAAAAAUUGUAAUAAAAGAAAAGUUUAAACUGUAUAUUUGGAAUGAGUAAGACCCGUGUUAUGACGACAAUCGUUUCACUCAUGGAUGAAUUUUAUAAGCCUGAGGAAGUCAGUCAGUCGACCCACAACCACCAGCAUUCAAACCGCUUUUGAUCUGCCUCUAGAAAAACAGCUGUAAAUGUGUCUGAAUGACUGUGCACGUGUGCGUCUCAUGUUUGAAUGUACUAUAUGUAUAAAAUAUAAUUUUUUUGUGCUGAAGCUUAUUUUCUCCUUUUUUUUUGGCAUAUUGACAAUCCACAGUGGAUUAUCCAACAAACAAAAUCUUAUAAAUUGUAGAAAAAGUAAUGUGCAUGUGUGUAUAGGAGAUGGUUUACUGGUUUAGAUUUAUUUUUAUUUUAUUUUUUUCAUCAAGUUUGUUUGGUUUUAUUUUUCAACCUGUUUUUUGGACCUGCAGUGCAUGUUUUUAUCUUCUGGCAUGCUGAGAGAUUUGUUUUUUUGUUUGUUUUUGUUUGAUGGAAAGUUUUAGCUCUACAGUGUGUCCUGUACAGUCGGCUCAAAGACUCCUGCAUAUAGUUUAAUAUCUCCAUAUGCAUCGAAAACCUGCCCAUGACUCGACCAGCUGCAUUUACACUGUAGUUUCUGUUCAAGACUAUGGUGGUGUGAGAACUAAUUUUAAUGGAUUUGAAAUGUUUUAUGUAUAAUACAACAAAUGUCUUUUAUUUCAUAGCCAAUUUUACAAAAUGCUUCAUUUGCAGGGGGAGGGGGGGGCUUGUGUUUUUCUGAGGUAGAUGUACAUCUAAUCAAAUGCCAAAUAAAUUGCACCAUGAAGGACGA